AUGGACGCCUACGAGAUUGUCAGUGUUGUGGGAGAGGGCCGCUACGGCUUUGUCUACAAGUGCCGGUGUAAGUCCACCGGAGCCAUUUGUGCCGUCAAGCGCUUCAAGGAGAUGCAUAGAAAUGAGUAUGCCAUGCGUGCGAUGAUUCGGGAGUUACGCAUACUUAAUAUGUUGCGAGGUGAACCAAACGUGGUGCAACUUACACGUGCGCUUCGUGAAAAGGGGAGGUUGUAUUUGGUGAUGGAGUACGUUGAGGCCAACCUACUAGAUGUCCUUCGACGGAGCUCCUCCGGUGUGCCGCUGUCGCAGCUGCGGCAACUUCUCUUUACUCUGCUUGUGGGGGUGCGUUCAUGCCAUAGCAAUGGCAUUAUUCACCGUGAUUUGAAGCCUGAGAACAUUCUUGUGCGUUAUGGUUUCUCAUCAGUCGUGUGCGACUUCAGCGUCUCACGGGCGGUAGGGUUUCCCCAAGCCGCAACGACAACGAGUGGUAGUCUUCUGGAAACACCAAAGGGACAACUGCCACCACUUACGGAGUACGUAGCGACACGUUGGUACCGAAGUCCUGAAAUGUUACUGGGGGCGCCGAGAUACAGCUAUGCCUCUGAUAUAUGGGCGGUUGGGACUGUCAUGGCGGAGCUGGCGCUGGGUGAGCCACUUUUUCCAGGUAAAUCCGAGGAUGAACAGCUUACCCUUAUUCGGCAGCGGGUGGGUGAGUUUCCAUCCUCUAUGAUGCAAGGCAGUAGAUGUAUUUCCAUGGCGCGGGCAGAACAAUCAGCACAAACCAAACAUUGUAAAACGCGGGCAGAGAUGACAGGAGACUACCUUGGUUGCCAAUAUUGCGAGGUGCUUGGGGAGAAUGGGUUGAGUCUUCUUCGUUCGCUUCUCACUAUAGAUCCGAGUAAGCGAUUCACGGUGGACGAGGCGUUGUCGCAUCCCUUUUUUGAGGGGAUGGCGCUGAGGUGCGUACCGUCUCCGCGCAAAGUUAGUCUCAGCAAGCCGACGUCUACGACCGCUGGUCCUGCGCCUUCUCCAAAUGCGGCAACAAACUCGGUCGUCCGUGUCGACGGGUGUGAUAAGUGGUUUGACCUCGGUGAGGGAAAACCUGUGCGGCUGGAGGAAAUUGAGCCUUUUCAUAGGGCCGGUACGGUGGAGCCGCGGGUGCUCCCCACGCUUUCGAUAGAGGUGGAAACGACGCACGUAUCCCCUUUCUCCAGAACGAGAAUAAAUGCGGACGGGGCUGCGGCCCGUUUGACGGGCUCCUCAAUCGCGUCCUCGUGCACUGACGGCUCCGCCAACGAAGAAGCGUCGGAGAACACCAACUCACCUACAAAUUAUGCUCUGCGACUUCCGAACAUUUCUUCAAACUUGUCGUGUUUUUUACUUGACUUUUCACCUGAGUAUUACUCCUCGUCCUCGUAUUUUCCCAUCAUCUCCAAGACGGCAUCGCCACUGCGACCGUUAAAUCAUUUGGCUUGCACAAGCGGCCUUAGCAGCACGCGUUUGGGUCACAUGAGACCUCCAGAUAUAAAGAAACGCGUCAGUUUUCCAGUGUCUUUCUUGCCCCAAACACUGUCUAACGCCAAGAAGAAUGAUAGCAGCAAUUUUAAUGCUGAGAAUCCUGUGGAAUGUAAUAACAAGGCACAGAAUACGGGAAUAAAAGUGCCCCGUCAACUCACCCUGAAACGGAGGGGCCGACUGGUGUUUACCACCAAACCAUCUGUGGAUGGCUUGUAA